AUCAGCUCUCAUAAACACUUGACAGUCCGUCUCUUCUGUGUAAACUGGAGCACUAGAACCUGAGAAGAGAUUUUAACACAGCAGUUAGCCAGUUUAACAGCAGUAUGCACAUCAGAUACAAACCAGAACUCUAACUUUCAGUGUAUACACUAAAUCAUGGGUUCAGGACAAAGCAAAGAUAAGAUGUAUUGCACCAGAUAUUUAAAUGGCAAGGGACCUCCAUCACUGACUGACCAAGCUGAAAAAAGUGCCAAUGGAAAAAUAAACUCUGAAAUAGUCAAUGGAAACCAACCAGAUAAUGGGCGGAUGACAAUAACACACCUGAGGAGGAACGUGGAAGGAUAUCCAGACUGUGACACCAUACAGAUGAACUUUGAAUUUGAUAAUGGAAUACAGACGGAGAAGCAUCCUAAUCCAGGACAGAAAUACCACGGGCUUAAAACAGUGGCCUUUGUGCCUCAGAACCAUGAGGGAAGGAAGGUGUACUGGCUGCUCGAGGCAGCGUUCAAACACAAGCUGCUGUUUACAGUGGCAACUACUAGUACCGGAGAAGAACAAGUUACUUUUGCUGACAUUCCAUUAAAAACCAAAGCGAGUGGAGGGCAUGACAGCUUCAGCUAUCCAGACCCGAAGUAUCUGAAAACAGUGAAGAAUAUCCUGAACUCUAAAGGGAUCAAAUGAGAAAGUUGAAAGAUGAACAAUAUUCCAGCAUAAUAUAUGGACUAUACAGACUGUACACAGGAUUUAUUCACAUGACAUUCACAAGACUGCCAAUUUUACAGUGAAAAGUGACGUUUUCAUUUGUGUACCUGUGCCAGUCAAUAGACACCUGGAGUUUUUCAUGUUAACAAAAUGAUACAGAAUAAAUUAUUUAGAUAGAUAGAUAGAUAGAUAGAUAGAUAGAUAGAUAGAUAGAUAGAUAGAUAGAUAGAUAGAUAGAUAGAUAGAUAGAUAGAUGAAUGUAUUAACUGAUCGCACUUAGAUCCUAAUGGAACUUUAAAUGAGUACUUUGUUAAAGAGGUGCACUUGGAGGGUAAACUCAUUAAGCCCAUAGAUAAGACUCAUAUACACUGAUAGUAGUAACUGUAAAGAAUAAAUAUUUGUUGUGCCUCAUUAGAGUCAUAACAAUUUUGGAUUUUCCAAUUAGAUUAGAUCUAGAUUGUUCCAAUAAAAUCAAGUCAUUUCUUAAUUCACUAAACUCAGAGUUGCAAAUUUCAGUGUAUUAAAAAUAAGGUUAUUUAAACAAAAAACAGCAAAAUAUAGUGUACUCUUUUGACUGGGAGUGUAUAUGGAACAUGUUGAAACAACAGGGGAAUUUGUUCUGACAAUUAUUUAUUAAGUAGUAUGGAAUGUUGCUGAUCAACUGUCUAUUUGACAUAAAGGGAUAAGAAUAUAGAUAGAUUAUACUGUACAAUAUGCUUAGCAAGUGAUUUAGUCUCCACUGAUAUGUUUAGAAUCUCUGUUCCUGUAGAGUUCUCUUCCUUUCUUCAUUAUUUCUUGUAUUAUUUAUAUAGCACAGUUUGUACAACCUUGCCAAAUUACAUAUGUGUAAAUAAACCUGUUUCACCAAA